AGACUGGCUUAAAUCCAUGAAUACAUAGCACUGCUGACUAAUGGUGGGAAAAUACCUCCCUCUUUUCCCUCCAAUCACAGAACAACCAUACAUGUAUUUAUGCUCUCUCACAGCUCUCACACACUCAUUCUCUGUUUCAUACCACUCCAUAAGGACAUAACGGUUUGAAAAGAAGGGAUUCCAGCUGUCGUUUGUCAAGUCGUUUCCUGAACUUGGCGUGGCUUUGGAACAACUUUGCUAAACACAGGGAAAGAGAGUGGGGGUGAAAGAGGACAAAACAGAGGGAGUUGAAACAGUCCAGUGAAAGAGGACAAGGAUAACUCCAGUAUCAGUGCUCAAAAUGGGUUGGUCUUGGGCUCUAGCGUGCUGGUGUGCAUUAGUGCUGGUGUGCUCGUCUGAAGAUAACAGAUCCCUUCCUGGCAUGUUACAGAGAGAGGCCUCCUUUGACAUAGAGGAUUUCCUGCAAAGGGAGAUCACCCAGUACCCGGACACAGACUUUACACCUGGAGUUCGGCCAAUGGCUGGGCCUCGCUCGGUUGGGGAGUCCUACCCCAGUGUCCUCUUCCCCCCUGGCCGGCCCUCCCAUAAAAACCUCCAGGCCAUCUGUUUCCAUAGCAGCCAUCGUCCGCGGUACCCUUCCUACUCCCUCCCCCGCAACGGCGGAGGCCACUUUAGUCGUCGAGCUGCAGCAGUCAACCGGGUAGAGUCCUGGUACAGCGCAUGUUGCCAUGGGAACGGGACACAGCAGGUCCAGGAAGUGACGCUGUGCUGCGUUACACAGGCGUGGGAACAGACCCUGUCCACAUUCUGUACUGAGGAGUCCGGAGUGAAGACACGCCAUCACCACUGCUGCCAGAAGGCGGGCGGGGCCAGACUGAGCUGUUUCCAUAGGGAUAACCCAGACCCCACCUACCUGCCGACCACCCCCAUUCCUGAACCUGGCUUCACCUUUAACCCCAACACUUGUCACAACUAUGGACCUGAAGACCGGAUGUGGCUAUUACUCAGAUGACCAAGGAUUUAGUUGCAUCGAAAUCACAACACUGGCGACAUCGUGUGGAAGCUGUAGGAACUGUAAUCCCAUCCUUAAGUAUUUUUCCUUCCAAUAGACAAUACAUAGACUGGCGGAUUGAUUUUUUCGCUGUCGAUUUUGUGAUCAGGUUUCCUUGCGAUUUUGACCACGGAACUCGUUCUGUUAUAGUCACAGACACCAUUGAACCAGUUCUAGAAACUUCAGAGUGUUUUCUAUGCACACAUACUAAUCAUAUGCAUAUACUAUAUUCCUGGCAUGAGUAGCAGGACGUUGAAAUGUUGCGCGAUUUUUAACAGAAUGUUGAAAAAAGUAGCCCGAUCUCUAAGAGGGUAGUGUAUUUACAUCAAAUCAAACUAUAUUUGUCACAUGCGCAGAAUACAACAAGUGUAGACUUUACUAUGAAAUGCUUACUUACAAGCCCUUAACCAACAGUGCAGUUCAAGAAGAGUCAAGAAAAUAUUUACCAAGUAGACUAAAAUAAAAAGUAAUAAUAAAAGGUAACACAAUAAGAAUAACAAUAAUGAGGUUAUGUACCAGGGGCACCGGUACUGAGUCAGUGUGCGGGGUACAGGUUAGUUGAGGUAAUUUGUGCAUGUACAGUUGAAGUCGGAAGUUUACAUACACUUAGGUUGGAAUCAUUAAAACUCAUUUUCAACCACUCCACAAAUGUAUUGUUAACAAACUAUAGUUUGGGCAAGUCGGUUAGGACAUCUACUUUGUGCAUGACACAAGUAGUUUUUCCAACAAUUGUUUACAGACAGAGUCUUUCACUGUAUCACAAUUCCAGUUGGUCAGAAGUUUACAUACACUAAGUUGACUGUGCCUUUACAUUUACAUUACAUUUAAGUCAUUUGGCAGACGCUCUUAUCCAGCGACUUACAAAUUGGUGAAUUCACCUUAUGACAUCCAGUGGAACAGCCACUUUACAAUAGUGCAUCUAAAUCAUUUAAGGGGGGGGGGGUGAGAAGGAUUACUUUAUCCUAUCCUAGGUAUUCCUUAAAGAGGUGGGGUUUCAGGUGUCUCCGGAAACAGCUUGGAAAAUUCCAUAAAAUGAUGUCAUGGCUUUAGAAGCUUCUGAUAAGCUAAUUGACAUCAUUUAAGUCAAUUGGAGGUGUACCUGUGGAUGUAUUUCAAGCCCUACCUUCAAACUCAGUGCCUCUUUGCGUGACAUCAUGGGAAAAUCCAAGGAAAUCAGCCAAGACCUCAGAAAAAAAUGUAGACCUCCACAAGUCUGGUUCAUCCUUGAGAGCAAUUUCCAAACACUUGAAGGUACCACGUUCAUCUGUACAAACAAUAGUACGCAAGUAUAAACACCAUGGGACCACGCAGCCAUCAUACUGCUCAGGAAGGAGACGCAAUCUGUCUCCUAGAGAUUUUGGUGCACGUAUAUUGGUGCAAAAAGUGCAAAUCAAAUCAAAUUUCUUUAUAUAGCCCUUCGUACAUCAGCUGAUAUCUCAAAGUGCUGUACAGAAACCCAGCCUAAAACCCCAAACAGCAAGCAAUGCAGGUGUUGAAGCACGUUGGCUAGGAAAACUCCCGAGAAAGGCCAAAACCUAGGAAGAAACCUAGAGAGGAACCAGGCUAUGAGGGGUGGACAGUCCUCUUCUGGCUGUGCCCGGUGGAGAUUAUAACAGAACAUGGCCAAGAUGUUCAAAUGUUCAUAAAUGACCAGCAUGGUCAAAUAAUAGGUCUGGGACAGGUAGCACGUCCGGUGAACAGGUCAGGAUUCUAUAGCUGGAUGCAGAACAGUUGAAACUGGAGCAGCAGCACGGCCAGGUGGACUGGGGACAGCAAGGAGUCAUCAUGCCAGGUAGUCCUGAGGCAUGGUCCUAGGUCCUCCGAGAGAGAGAAAGAAAGAGGGAAAGAGAGAAUUAGAGAGAGCAUACUUAAAUUCACACAGGACACCGGAUAAGACUGGAGAAGUACUCCAGAUAUAACAAACUGACCCUUGCCCCCCGACACCUACUACUGCAGCAUAAAUACUGGAGGCUGAGACAGGAGGGGUCAGGAGACACUGUGGCCCCAUCCGAUGAUACCCCCGGACAGGGCCAAACAGGAAGUAUAUAACCCCACCCACUUUGCUAAAGCACAGCCCCCACACCACUAGAGGGAUACAUUCAACCACCAACUUACCAUCCUGAGACAAGGCCGAGUAUAGCCCACAAAGAUCUCCGCCACGGCACAACCAAAGGGGGGGGGAGCAACCCAGACAGGAAGAUCACAUCAGUGACUCAACCCACUCAAGUGACGCAACCCUGCUAGGGACGGCAUGAAAGAGCACCAGUAAGCCAGUGACUCAGCCCCUGUAUUAGGGUUAGAGGCAGAGAAUCCCAGUGGAUAGAGGGAAACCGGCCAGGCAGAGACAGCAUGGGCGGUUCAUUGCUCCAGAGCCUUUCCGUUCUCCUUCACACUCCUGGGCCAGACUACACUCAAUCAUAGUACCCACUGAAGAGAUGAGUCUUCAGUAAAGACUUAAAGGUUGAGACUGAGUUUGCGUCUCUCACAUGGGUAGGCAGACCAUUCCAUAAAAAUGGAGCUCUAUAGGAGAAAGCCCUGCCUCCAGCUGUUUGCUUAGAAAUUCUAGGGACAAUUCGGAGGCCUGCGUCUUGUGACCGUAGCGUACGUGUAGGUAUGUACGGCAGGACCAAAUCAGAGAUAUAGGUAGGAGCAAGCCUAUGUAAUGCUUUGUAGGUUAGCAGUAAAACCUUGAAAUCAGCCCUUGCCUUGACAGGAUGCCAGUGUAGGGAGGCUAGCACUGGAGUAAUAUGAUCCAAUUCUAGCAGCCGUAUUUAGCACUAACUGAAGUUUAUUUAGUGCAUUAUCCAGGUAGUCGGAAAGUAGAGCAUUGCAGUAGUCUAACCUAGAAGUAACAAAAGCAUGGAUACAUUUUUCUGCAUCAUUUUUGGACAGAAAGUUUCUGAUUUUUGCAAUGUUACGUAGAUGGAAAAAAAAGCUGUCCUUGAAACAGUCCUUAUAUGUUCGUCAAAAGAGAGAUCAGGGUCCAGAGUAACGCCGAGGUCCUUCACAGUUUUAUUUGAGACGACUGUUCAACCAUUAAGAUUAAUUGUCAGAUUCAAGAGAAGAUCUCUUUGUUUCUUGGGACCUAGAACAAGCAUAUCUGUUUUGUCCAAGUAGAAAGUUUACAGCCAUCCCCUUCCUUAUGUCUGAAACACAGGCUUCUAGCGAGGGCAAUUUUGGGACUUCACCAUGUUUCAUUGAAAUGUGCAGCUGUGAGUCAUCCGCAUAGCAGUGAAAGUUAACAUUAUGUUUUCGAAUGACAUCCCCAAGAGGUAAAAUAUAUAGUGAAAACAAUAGUGGUCCUAAAACAGAACCUUGAGGAACACCGACAUUUACAGUUGAUUUGUCAGAGGACAAACCAUUCACAGAGACAAACUAAUAUCUUUCCGACAGAUAAGAUCUAAACCAGGCCAGAACUUGUCCGUGUAGACCAAUUUGGGUUUCCCCAAUCUCUCCAAAAGAAUGUGGUGAUCGAUGGUAUCAAAAGCAGCACUAAGGUCUAGGAGCACGAGGACAGAUGCAGAGCCUUGGUCUGAUGCCAUUAAAAGGUAAUUUACCACCUUCACAAGUGCAGUCUCAGUGCUAAAACCAGACUGAAACAUUUCGUAUACAUUGUUUGUCGUCAGGAAGGCAGAGUUGCUGCGCAACAGCCCUUUCUAAACAUUUUGAGAGGAAUGGAAGAUUCGAUGUAGGCCGAAUAUUUUUAUUUUUUUUCUGGGUCAAGGUUUGGCUUUUUCAAGAGAGGCUUUAUUACUGCCACUUUUAGUGAGUUUGGUACACAUCCGGUGGAUAGAGAGCCGUUUAUUAUGUCAAUCCCAGAUCAACAGCAAAGGACCAUAGGACAUAUUCCAGUCUGUGCUAGCAAAACAGUCCUGAGUGAGUCACUGGUACUUCCUGCUUUAGUUUUUGCUUGUAAGCACGACUCAGGAGGAUAGAAUUAUGGUCAGAUUUGCCAAAUGGAGGGUGGAAGAGAGCUUUGUAUGCAUCUCUGUGUGUGAAGUAAAGGUGGUCUAGGACUUUUUUUUCUCUGGUUGCACGUGACAUGUUGUUAAAAAUUUGGUAAAACUGAUUUAAGUUUGCCUGCAUUAAAGUCCCCGGCCACAAGGAGCACCA